CCAGCGAUCACACUGAGCCGUUAGACGCGCCAGUAGGGCCAUUGACCGCAGUAAACCAUUAGAUGCAGCAGUGGGGCCAGCAAUAAAGGAGACGUUACUUUGGACUUUGGACAUUUUCUAACCGAAACCUAACAACACAUCACACUGUGUCCAUGUGGAGUUUCCUGAGAUGCUGCAUGGGCGACAGACACCACUCUGGGUAGGUUAUACUUACCCCAUGAAGCAAUGCAGGAAGAUCAUAUGUCAUGGAGAAAGGAGGAUACCUUUAUGACUUGCUCCACUUUCCCCUGAGCUAAUUGCCACUCAGAUUCCUCUACUGCCUUCUUCUCUUCCAUGUAACACACAGCACCUGUUUCUUCACAUGAGUGCUCCACUACAUCCCAACCUUAAUGCAUCUCACCUCCACAGCUCAGCCUGUCUGUUCCUCUUCUGAUCAGUCCUCUACUGAUCACCUUAGAGCUGCUCCUCCAUACUGCUCCUCCAUAUCCAAAACUGAUCAUUCCUCUACAUCACCUCAGAACUGCUCCUCCAUAUCCCAAACAGAUCAUUCCUCUACAUCACCUCAGAGCUGCUUCUCCAUAUCCCAAACUGAUCAUUUCUCUAUAUCACCUCAGAGCUGCUCCACUUAUCCAAACUGAUCUUUGCUCUGUAUCACCUCAGAACUGCUCCUCCAUUAUCCCAAACUGGCCAUUACUCCACAUAACCUCUGAACUGCUCCUCCAUUAUCCCAAAUUCAUAAUUUCUAUAUAUCAUCUCAGAACUACUUUUCUAUAUCCCAAACUGAUGAUUUCUCUACAUUGCCUCGGAACUUAUCCUCCAUGUCCCAAAGUAGCUGCAGCUCUAGAUCACCACUUAACUGCUCUUCCAUAUCCCAAACGGAUUUAUCACCUGUAGACUGUUCCUAUAUAUCCCAAAUUGAGCAUUCCUCUAUAUCAUCUCUGAACUGCUCCUCAUUUCGGUCUCCUUGCUCCUCUGUAUCACCUUUAGAUUGUUCCUCCAUAUCACAAUCAGACUACUCCUUGAUAUCACUUGUAAACUGCUCGUCCAAAUCUCAAACUAAUCACUCUUUUACAUCACCUCAGAACUGUUCCUCCAUACCCCAAGCUAAUCAGUCCUUUACUUCAUAUCAGAAACACUCCACCAAAUCCCAAACUAACUGCUUUGCGUUACCAACUCAGGACUGUACCCACCACAAUUUCUCUUUAUCCCCUCAGAAUGGCCCCUCCAUUCUUCAGCUUCAGUGCUCUACAUCUGCUCUUUGCUCUUCCUCUGUAGGUCAGUCUAACUACCACUCUGCACCAACCACUACAUUCUCAAUUGAUUGCUCAUCUACAUCCCCAUCUAACAAGUCCAUGCUAUCUCUGCAUGGCUGUUCCCCUAUAUCACCACCCAACUACUCAACUAGUCAUCUGAACCAGCACGUUACACCUGCUCCAAAAUGCCCCACUACAUGCCAAUUUGAACAUUCCCCCUUUUCCCUUCCUAACAGUUCCUAUUUCCAAGCAUGUGACCUGCAGGCUGGCUGCUCACCAGACAUAUCCAUACCACACAUUGAUUCUCAUUUCCAGUGUUCCUCUAUGGGCCAAAAUAAUAAAAAUUAUUCUUCCACUGAAUAUUCAUCUCUCCUCCCUUCUGAAUUGAACAGUGUCCCACCUGGUGACCUCUACUGUGCACCCCAACCCUGCCACGCUGAGAGCUCAUACACUUCCCAAGCUCAGGACAAGUCACAUUUUACUCCUUCAGGAAUAUCCCCACCAUGCUCCCCUCAUUUUGCAUCUACUAAACCUCCUCAUACGGCUUCCCUUGAUCCACCAAUCAACUUUACUCCCACUAACAGUGACAAUCCCUCACAAAUCAUUGCCACUGCCUAUUCCUGCGACAUAACACACAUUUGUAGUAACUUCUCUUCUUCCAAUAACAUGCAUUCUAACACUGUCACUCUAGAUUCCACUAAAGGCCUUCAGUCUCAAGGCUCUAUUGAGGUUAAUGGUGUCUCCUACUGUGCUGAUCCAUCUCUUGCCACUUUCCACUCAUAUCUCAGCGAACAUCAUUCCUCUCCGCUGUCUACCAAACUCUGCACCUGUCCGUCUGUCUGCAACUGCCCCCUUGCUGAGUCCAUUCACCCCUCACCAACUAGCACAGUUCUAGGUCCUACCACAUGUUCUGCUUUCCCACUGUCUGCCUGUCUUACUUCUCCAGACCAUACUGUGUCCGCUCACUCACUUGUAAAUGCCCCUGAAACCAGCUCUUGCUGCCACUAUGCCUUCAUUUCUGGAGCAUCCUCAGAGUGUGUUUCACCUCCUGAAGAACAGAAUGAGGCGAAGAAAUGUGAAAUCUGCAAAGCUUCAGUGGAGAAUAAAGUCCGUUUGGAACAGGACAGACAACUGUGUGAACUGUUCCUCAAUUCCCUUUCACGGUUUGAGGACUGGCUACAGGCUGCCCAAAUAACCGCGUCUCUCCGUAACCCAUUCCAGACCCUUCAUAAAGAAUCUAAGCUGGCCCUGAGAAAAUAUGAGGUUCUCCUGGGGGAGAUGCAGGAGAAGCUGUUGGACCUGGAGUCUCUGAAUACACAGUACUGGCGACUUACACAGACUCGUCACCAGACCUUGCUUCCCAGUGUCCUCCGGAGUAGGAUGCAGGAGGUGAACAUGUUCUGGUACCAUCUGCAAAGGGAGACAGAGGCUGUUCACAAGACUUUGAAGUCUAGGGUCCAGCAGAGAGAAAAGUUUGAUACUGACCAGGAGGAUAUGAAGCUCUGCCUGACUGAGAUGGACCUAGAACUAUCCAGUGUAGAGUACAUCUAUGGAGGCAACUCAACUGAGAAAAUACAACAACUAAAGGCCUUCCAGGAGGAUGUGUGGAGCAACAUGAAGCGAGUGGAGUGUCUCCUAGAACGAGGAGACCUGCUGAUAGACAACAGUGACCCCCGAGAUGCUGAGACCCUGGAGGAGGAGAUGACGGAGCUGGGCUCAUACUGCCAGGAGAUAUUCAUUCGUCUCUCCCGCUUACAGAAACGCCUUGUGAGCACCAGACUGGUCUUCGAGGAUGACUUUCUCAAUAGUAGCUUUGAACAUGCGUCCUCUGGAUCUUCAGAUGUCUUCCUAGACCUGGACAAUGACCAGGGACAAGCUGCAAGUGCAAUUGGUGUUCCUGCUGCCAAUGUAGCAUUGGCUGCUGACCUGGAAUGGGACCCAUUAGGUGAUGUUGGAAGAUCUAGUUCUCACGACGGACAAGAGUCCUUCUACACAGCCACUUCAGCCCCCUGGAAUGUUUUACAGAGGAGUGAUGGAUCCCAGAGCAGUUUUAGCUCCGAUUUUGGGGUCACUUCUUCAAAACUCAGAAGCCAAGAGGUCCAAGAACCCCCAACAGAUGUCCUAACCAGUCGCACUGCGCCUUGGGACACUUGCAACUUAAUGGCGACCCAAAAACAGACGCUCACUCACAGGCAGAGUGAUACAUCAGUAAAUGCUCUGUACAACCCCUUGGCUGGAAUGAAGUCAGGACAAGGAGAAGACGCCAUCUGUUGUCCUGUUACCGUCCCUAUAGAAGAGCCAGAUUCGGGAUUCAGGAUGGAUGAUCCCCUCUCUACACCCGGGCAUUGCUGGCAUAACCCUGAUGUGGUGGCACCAGUGGCUUCUGAUGCACAGGUGAUUGGUAGCCAGUCACACCAUACCAGCCCUGGGCAUAGGAGACGGCAGGGUAAGAAGAAGCGGCUGGCUCUGACACAGAGUGUGAAAAGAAAGCUCCAGCCUGCAAAGCAAGAAGUCUCAAUUCUCAUGGAGAACGGGGAUAUCAUGUCACACCUGAGGCCUCACAAAGCUUCCCACAGUUCUCCAACCUGCCUGUGGCUCUGGAUCAAGCGUUUGGCCUCCUUCUUAGUCCUGUUUCUGCUUCUUGGUGGCUCACUCCUCAUCUUUCCAGUAGGUCGAUCCAGCUGCUCUUCCCAACGGUUUGCCUGGUCUCUGAUGCUCACCUAUGUCAAUGGGCCUCCACCAACGUAAAACACUCAUGUGGUGAAGAAACAAAGACUACUAGGACUGAUACAUUGAGGCGAGUUAUUGAGGAGACAUGUCUCAUGCUCACAACCCAGCAGCUUCUGGCACCGCAGAGGAUGUGAAUACCUGGAUAGUGGACUAGAAGUGACAAUACUGGUAGUUGUUCCCCACAGGUGAAUGACCGAGUGAAGACUGAAUGAAAUACGAAGUGCGUGAUUAGUAGAGUGGACCAGUGAGUCAAUACAAGCAAUGAACACCCAUGGAACCAUUUGCGUAACAGAGACAUCAAGCAUACUGAAAGCUAUGGCUUCCACACAGGUGUGGCUUAUGAGUUAAUUAAUAAAAUAACACCCUUUCAUGGUCAGGAUCAUGUAUAAAAACGCUCGACUGUCCCAGGUGAUUAUAUAGUGAUAGCUGCAGAGUAGGUCUCAGUGACUUUACAAGUGGGGUGAUUGUUGGGCCAUGUUUGGUAGGAGCUUCAGUGACCAAGACAGAUAAACAUGGUAAAGACUGACCAGUUGUAUCUGCAGUGAUGUCAGCAUGGAACGUCGAAGAAAAAAUAUCCUCAACAAAGGACAAUAGUGGUGGGGGUGGGAGUGAGGCUUUAUAUAUGUAUAAAACAGGUGAGCAACUACAGGUCAACUUACUGCAACAUCAACUUGCAUCUUCCAGGAUAACAAUGCACCCAUCCUGGAUGGUCGCCCAAUGAUUUCAUGAUCUAGACACUGUUAUCUGUAGUUCAUGGUCUUCUUAGUCACCGCAUAUGAUCCACUAUCCAUCCACCAGGCUUCAGUAGAGUGAGCUUCCUGUGGAUAGUGGUGUUGUCUCCCAUAACUACCGAUAUUGGUAAACCUAUUCUGACAGUGUGUAAAUACAUGGUACUAACCAAAAGUGGCGACGUAAUACCCUAUUAGGUGACCAUACCAUUUUCUGUCCAUUAUCUAUAGCUGUACAAAUUAGCACAUGUGUUGUAUAAAGUAUAUAUAUUAAACUGACAGUUGAUAUAAUAUUGAGGAUCUAUUAUUAUCAUGUGCAGUUAUGUAUAGCCCACCACCUGCUUUCUGUGAAAAUAUUGCCAGCCAUUUUGUUUCCAUGUGUAAACUAAAUCCUUAUGAAGAUGAAUUAUUUAAUUAUGUAAUAAGUAGGAACCUCUUGUAUAAAUGCUCUGAUUGGAGAGAAACUGUUCAGUAACAUUAUAGUCUCUGACAAUGUGUGGGUUGUGUGAGACAUUUACUGGCUAAAUGAAUAGAGUUUAAUUGCAAAUAUAUGAGUCUAAUUACUGGA